CCGGCCGGGAAGGACCCCCCGCCCCGCGGAGCUAGUCACAUUGCCACGGUGCAGCCGGGGGGAAGGGGGAAAGGGGGGGGAUCUGCUAGCCCUCCCCAUCCCUGCCAUGAACCCUCCUGCUGCCCGCCUCGCUCCCUGCCCAGCUGCAGGAGGGAAGCGCACAGCUGCUGCGGGCGGUGCCGGAGAGGGAAUUACCGCUCGGCUUUCGCCUGGCAAACUGCACCCAGCCGGGGGGAGAUACUAGCCGCCGCUCUGCGGGCUGAAUGCAAAGGAGCUGCCCAGGGAUCCGGGCUCCCUCCGGCCCCCGCCGGGCAGCAGAGACGUUUGGCCCCCAGAGAGAAGCCGGGUGGACGGGCUGCAUCUUCUGGCUACUUUCACCAGCUGGAAGACACUGGGCUUUGGAAAAAACCCAGCCCGCUGUGGGUGAGAGUCUGACCCUGCCUGGACCAGGAGCACAGGACGCUGUGACAAGGAGCCACCCUCGAGAGGGGCAGUUCCCCCCCCCCCGCACGUGGGGUCCCCCUGCGAGGCUGGGAUGUGGUGACCCGGGUACUAAAGGAACCAGCCUGUGCCCCCCUGGAGCUGCAGCUCUCCUGCGUGGCUGCAGCUUUUCUCCUGCUCAGAGGGGCUGGGACUAGGGGGGCUGCCGCCCCCCCUUGCUUGGCGUGGUUUCCAUCAUAUCCAGGGUUGACAGUUUGGUUCAACAGCUCUCAGCCCCCCCCCCCCCAAAUGGCUCCAGCCCUCCUGCUCUGAAGGGAAUGCAGCUACUCCCCAGCCAUGCUGGGCUGCCCUGUGCCAGGUGGAAACGUCCCUGGUAGUUGGAUUUAGAGGGGAUCCUGCAGCGUGAGAGGGGGGUCCAGCCCUGCCUCCCCGCCCCCCUCCCAGCCCACUCAGGAUGCUGGCCGGCUGGAGAGAGCUCUCUGCAGGGAUUGGUGCCACGCUUUGCUUCCUCCUCUUCUUCUGGCUCUUGUAUUCUCAGCCGCCUAAGGAAGGCAAGGAGCUGGAGGUGGGGAUGUGUGAGAUUACGGCGCUGAACAGAGACCUCAGCCACCCCAGGAGGAUGAUCGCCCGGCAGACAGCACGCUGUGCCUGCAGGAGAGGCCAAGUCGCGGGCACAAUGAGGGCAAAACCUGCCUGCGUGGAUGCUCAGCUCAUUGCCAGUAAGCAGUGGUGCGGGAUGGAGCCCUGUGCCGAAGGGGAGCAGUGCACUUUGUUAAUAAAUCGUUCAGGCUGGAGCUGCACUCGACGAUUGGGCCGAAUAAAAACUGUCACAGUCUCCUGACAGCAGCAGCUGACGGCCUGAGCCUGGUGCCUCCACUCCUUGCUGCCGCAGCAGUAUACCACCUUCCUGGGGCAAUGGGCCAGCCCCUCUGUCCACAUCCCGGUGGGUUGGUCUCCUUGCAGCAGGGCCUGGCAAGUCUCUGCUCUGCACCACCUGGGCCAGGCGGCCUCGCUCUGUUGCCGGCUUGGAUGAUGCCAAACAGCUGGAAAGAUGUCGGGUUUAUCCCGAUGGAAUGGAUUUCCGUUGUCCAGAGGGGUUUUAACUGAAAUGCACCUUUCUGCAAACCUUUUAAUUGUGAACAGAGGGAGCAGCCCCUUGGCACCCAUAAAGAGUGGGCACAUUUGCUGCGGCUGGCUCACUAGGCUGUGAGACCCAAGGAGAGAUGGAUGCUGGCUGAUGUAUAACUACAGCGGAGCUGAGAGGUGGGAAGCAAACUCUCUCUUGUAUUUCUCCUCCCCUCCCAAUCUCCAGAGGGCGAGAGGAUGCAGCGGGGACAGCUCCGGAGAGAAGGUGCUAAGGUCAUCUCAUCUCUACCCCACUGGGUCACCUUCAGCCCUUUGGAAAGUCCGCUGAGGUGGUGUGGGGCUGUCUGAGCCAAGCCCCCACCCCACAACCAGCAGCACAGGUUCCUCACCAGCUGCUGUGAGUUGUUCCAUAGGGAAACAUUGAUUUGAUGAGUUUCUCUUCCCUUUCCCUUUGCAACUUGUCCAUCAGCAGCUCACAAUUUCCCCAGGUUCAUUCAGCGGCUCAGAACAAAUGGCUAAAUAUUCCUACGAAUAAAUUCUCAGCCUGUUGCCCAAUUGCAGUCAAUUCAUCAUUGGGUGGGGGUGGGGGGGAAAGAAUCUUUAAUUUGAGUCAUGUUCAUUUGUUUUGAUUGGUCCCAUGGUGGUGUUUUGGGGCCCUGACUGGCCAAGCAUCACUCUUGGUAUGGAGUUACCUGUUCCGAAUUGGGUUCCCAUGAGUGCCUGCCAGCCUUCCCACUGAUGUCCCUCAGUUGUUGUCGGCGGAGGGUAGCCUGGGGAGGUAUUUGCCAUGUGCAUGGGCAGGAGGGAGAGAGAGGGUGGAGUGAGGACGUGCUGAGAGCCUGAGCUGUUGGGUUGGAAAGGCUUGUUUGCCUCACACUGGUCUGAUCCCACAGUGGAAGUAAGAGGAAGGUCGGGGAGCCGGUCAGGGUGCUGGGGAAGCACUCAGGGCUUGACGUUGCAGCCUUGUCUAGACCAGGAUUUGGGAGGUCUUGGCUAACUUGUGUUCACGGCCUGGUGCAGACAAGGUAGGAUGCCUUUAACACAUGUUGCAUGGCUCAUGUUAAAGCCUAGGUCAAGGCACCGGUGUAACAUGUAUUAAAAGCACACUGCCUUGACCACACUAGGCAGUUAACAGGUUUCAGAGUAACAGCUGUGUUAAUCUGUAUUCGCAAAAAGGAAAGGAGUACUUGUGGCACCUUAGAGACUAACCAAUUUAUUUGAGCAUAAGCUUUCUAAAUUGGUUAGUCUAAGGUGCCACAAGUACUCCUUUUCUUUUUAGGCUGUUAACACCUUCCAAAUUCUCAUCUGGACAAGGCCUGAGAGGUGCUGAGUGCCUACAACCCACUCUGAAGCCAGUGGGAGCUGAAAUUGCUUGUCACCUCUCAGGAUCAGGCCCUUUCUGCUCUAUAGAGAGUGCUUUAUGGUGGUCAGAACUAUACAGCUGGCAAAGAGAUGGUCUGUGCCCCGGAGAGCUUAUCCUUAGAGUGGAGCCUGAGCCAAAGCCGUGGGUGCAGACAUCCCCGAGCUGUGGGAAAGUUUGGAUCUCAGGGCUUGCAUGUCCUUCUCCAAGGUACCAACAGGUACAGAGCCAUCAACACACAUGAGAUGCAUCUGGACAAUAGUGCAGACAGGCCUUGCAGAACAGCCAGAUCUGCCUGGGAGGAAGGAAGCCCAUAGGAAAGGUCACUUGCAAUGCAAGGGGACAGCAAGGCAGAAGGCAGAGAGCAGGCCAAGAGGAGGCUGAGCAAGACCAACAUGGAUCAAAGUUUGCAGGAGUCCUUGAGGCACUGAUUUAAACUAGGAGAGGCUUGAUCCCUGCUGCCAGGGCAUCUCUGAAUGCUAGACAAUGUCCAAGAGGGGUCUCACUCUGUGUCUCCAAUACUGAGAGCCAACAGGCAGCCGGCUGGUGAUUUACAGCAUUUUCCUACCCCGGUUCCCAGAGUGGCUUUGUAGUUGGGGAUUGCAGGGUGGGUCAUGGGCUGGUUCCACUUUUCAUUCCCUGCAGCCCAGCAGUAUACUGGGGUGACCUGGCCCAGUCCUCUCUCACGUGGCAUAAAGAGCUGGCUGCUGCUAGGGGGAAGAUCCCUGUCCCUACAAGCCCUGCUCCAUCAUCUUGUAAAUAUUAACAGAGGUCCUUCUCCUCCCCAUCUCGUUGUGAGUGGGACUCUGAUCCAUGGGAUUUUUUCCACUGUAAUAAGUUUCCAAAAAACUUGUGAUGUCAACAAUGUAAGGAAAUAAAAUUCUAACUUUA